ACAAUUGCCCAACUUUCAAUGGAUACACGUGUAGUAGUUGCUAUAGAUUUUGGAACCACAUUUUCAGGAUUCGCAUAUUCUAAUCAAAAUAAUCCUGAAAUUAUUACAAACGAUAUUUGGCCCCAACAAAUUGGUUCAUUGAAAACUAAUACAGUUCUUCAGUAUGAUUCCAAUUAUCAAAAUGUUAUUAAAUGGGGAAAUCCUGCUUUAGCCAAAAAAAUAAAUCGUAGAAAUAAAGAUUCAUCAUCAAAAUCUGUAGAACUUUUUAAACUUCACUUAGGAAAUAUUCCACAAAAUGAAAAACCUCCACUCCCUCAUCAACUAAGUUACGAAAAAGCAAUAAGUGAUUAUUUGCACGAAUUAGGAAAGUUAAUUAAGGAAACUGUUACUACUCGAUGGGAUGGAUUAAGAUUCUUUGAACAUGUUCUUCUCGUUAUAAGCGUUCCUGCAGAGUUUAAUGAUCAUGCAAAAGAUACUAUGAGAAAAUGCCUUUAUAAUGCUGGUUUGACGGACAGUAAAGAAUCAAAGAAAGUUGAAUUUACAACUGAACCUGAAGCUGCUGCAAUUUAUUGCAUGCGGAACCUUAAUGAACAUGAUAAAGGAAUGAUUCCAAUUAAUGCGUCAUUUAUGGUGGUUGAUUGUGGAGGUGGAACUGUUGACCUUACAAUGCGUAAAUUACUAAAGCAUAAUAAACUCAGUGAGAUUACUGAACGAACUGGAGAUUAUUGUGGUGGAUCUUAUGUUGACCGAGAAUUUCUUAAAUUUCUUAGUCGUAAGCUUGGUCAAUCGACUAUUAAUAUGCUUAGAGAAAAUAAUUAUAAUCAAAUGCAAUAUAUGAUACAACAAUUCUGUCAGAAAUUGAAAUUUCACUUUACGGGGGAUCCAGCUGGCUUUGAACCUUUCGAAUUUGAUAUUGAAGACAUUUGCCCUGUUUUAAAACAAUAUUGUAAAGAUGAUAUCAAAGAAAAAAUGGAAGAAAAUGACUGGAUUAUUGAUAUAAAUUUUGAAGAUCUAAAAUCUAUGUUUGAUCCUGUUAUUGGAAAAAUUAUUAGAUUAAUUCGUGGGCAACUUAGUUCUAGUAAGAAUAAAUGCUCAGCUAUGUUUCUUGUCGGAGGAUUUAGUGAAUCAAAGUAUUUGCAAAUGAGAGUUAAAGAAGAAUUCAGAAAAUUAGUUCCACCAAUUAUUGUUCCAAGACAACCUAUCGCGGCUAUUGUUCGUGGAGCUUGUGAUUAUGGACUCAAAAUGAGCACAAUAGUAGAUCGCACUUUGAAAUAUACUUAUGGUAUUACAAGGCAUAGAGAUUGGAAAGUAGGAGAUCCGACAGGCCCAAAUUAUCAAAUAAAGAAAGAGGGAAAUGUAGACAGAAUUAGAAUAUUUGAUUGCUUCGUUACACGUGGUACAAGAAUAGAAGUUGAUCAGGAAUUUUCUAAUAAUUAUAAACCUCAUAAACCAGCUCAAACUGUCAUUUCAUUUCCAAUAUAUAUAACAACUAAUUUAAAUAUUACUGAAUUUUAUGAUGAAUCUUGUAUGAAACUACUUGGUAAAUUAACUAUAGAUUUACCGGAUGCUCAUCUUGGAAGAAGCCGUAAAGUUGAAUUUUCAUUAAUUUUUGGAAAAAUGGAAAUCGUUGCUAAAGCAAAAAGUUUACAAAAUGGAAGAACCUAUAAUACUAGAUUUGAAUUAGAAUUAAGUUAAUAUAAUGUAUAUUAUAUUUAUAAUGUACAAGCAUUAGCGACUCAUUUUUUAAAUAAAAUUAUAAUACAGUCAAUAAAUAGAAAAUCAGAA